GGUGCAAUCCGGGCGUGACUCAUCAUCCCCGCUCCAAGUCGACGAAUGUCCCCAUCUCCGUCUACAUUCUUCCCUGACCUCACAUGGGACAGUGCUCCUUAUGCUCCUCCUUGGCUCGCAUCGUUUCACGUAGUCCGCUUUGCAUACUUUCUCUUAGGUGCGAACCUUGCCCCUUAUAUCUUGUUUAGAGCGUUCGCGUGCGGCAGAUUGGGGUGGGAGCAUCAUGAAAAGUUUCCUGCAACCCAUUAUCGGGAUCUUGUUCUGGUGAUUGGAUAUGCUUUCCCAUUGUUUGUCCUUGGCAACUACUCUGACACACUGAACUGGAUAACUCUCACCCUGCCCAACGUAUCAAUCUUCCUAUAUGCCUGGAUUGCGGAACACCCAUCACUUCGCCACAGUUUCGCAACGGUUCGAAACUGGCCUAAAUUCAUGUGGGCUACGGUGCUCGGUGCCGUUACAACUAUCCUGGCCUUUGCUGCCUACCAUAUCUAUCUGUCUUACGAUCUGCGGGUACCGCGUGAUAUGUUUGAAGCCCAAGGUGGUCUCACAGGAUCAGCUGUGACUGGUAGCAUUCUCGGAUGGUAUGUCUUGGCGGUCAUUGCAAUUCCAUUGGGUCUCCUGUUAGCGGCUGCCCUGACAGCAUGGUGUCAGAACGGUGGGUGGGGCAUGGUUGGAUUGAUCGUGCAGAAAAUGAGGGGCGUUUGCAGGCAAGUCGCGGGAAAGCAAACAGGAAAGCCGCCUGCCCAUCCACCAGUCGAAGGACCAGACACAUCUGUUACGGAUAUAGUUCAGGGCAUGACCGCAGAGCAACCUAAUGGUAUUCAGUCGCAGUCUGCAUGGCCUCGAACCGUUUUCCACCCUCAUCACUGGGCUAUAUUUUAUUUUCUUGCGUUCUUCACGCGCUUCAAGGAUCCAGUAUCCCAAGCGGCUGCCGGUAUUCUCAUGGGGAUUUACAUGCAUGGAGUAGCCGCGUAUGGAUAUCAUGACUUACUAGAAACGUGACGGACGUUCAAAAAUGUUAAUUUGCAUUAUGUUUGCGUAUGUACAGUGAAUGUAUUUGGCUCACUUAAAUAUGUUAGAGAACAUUCUUCUUUCCUUUUCACGAUGAGCUCUAAGCUUUGUUUCUAGCAAUUGCUCCUCUUUUCGGAGCUCGGUAAAUUCAGGUCCUGCCUUUGCAUAGUUGCCCGCUUCUAGUAUGUUC